GUGUCUGGUAAGUGUUGACGGAGUUGUCCUGUCACUUGAGUUGAUUGAUUGUAACUGAGGUCUUUAUCUUCUGCGUAGACUUUGUUAACUAAGAAGUUAACAAACAUGGCAACUGCUAAGUCGUUUUACGACAUCACGGUGAAGACCCUGAGCGGAGAGGCGCUGAAGUUGUCGUCCCUGCAGGGUAAAGUGGUGCUGGUCGAGAACGUGGCGUCUCUCUGAGGCACCACCGUCAGGGAUUACACCCAGAUGAACGAGCUCCAUGAGCGCUUCUCCGCCAAGGGGCUCGUCAUCCUGGGAGUGCCCUGCAACCAGUUCGGCCAUCAGGAAAACUGUAAAAAUGAAGAGAUCCUGAUGUCGCUGAAAUACGUCCGUCCUGGAAAUGGCUUUGAGCCAAAAUUCCAGCUCUUGGAGAAGGUCGACGUGAACGGAAAUGACGCUCAUCCGCUGUUCGUCUUCCUCAAGGAGAAACUUCCCUUCCCAAGCGACGAGCCGACGGCGUUGAUGGGGGACCCCAAAUGCAUCAUCUGGAGUCCCGUCUGCAGAAACGACAUCUCCUGGAACUUUGAAAAGUUCCUCAUCGGCCCAGAUGGAGUCCCGUUCAAGCGUUACAGCAGGAGAUACCUGACCUCUGACAUCGAGGCAGACAUAAAGAAGCUUUUGGGAAUUGCCAAAUAAAGUGGUAGUAGUGUGGUCUUUCAUAGCUAGUUGUGGCACAUUGUGCAUGGUGCUGCUGUGCUGGGACUCUUACUUUGAUGAAGAUGCUCUUUUAAACGUUGUGAAGGGCUGUCUGAUGUUCUGUAAUAGUCCUAACUCCACAGCUGCACAGUGCUCAUGUAUGGCACAACAAGCCCUUUCUGUGGAUCAAAUAAAGUUGUUUAAGCCUUAAA